ACAUUUAAAGUAGCCCCACUGGGUUCUGGGGCAAUGUCAACAAAUUUCACGGAAGCAUUUAAAUUUUACAAAAGGAAAAACCCUUUUCCGGAUUUAUCAGGCCUCGUGGACGCUCACAGUGGCCAGAAUAAUGAAUCACUAAAACCCAUCCGGUGUUCAAAUGCACUUGAAAACGUGACCGGAUUUGGGCUCUUGUCUCCGGAAGAAUGGAAAAUCCAUGAAUUAAAGCACCAUCCGGGACUUUUAUUCAUCCGGAAUCCUUUCACAGCAUCUGGACAACGCUACUGGGCGGCAAGAUGCCUAAAAGAUUUUCCGAAAUCCCCCAAUCGGACGAAUUUGCAAACACAGCGUCUUCCGGAAGAUUCCCAGAAGGAUUUCUGGGGGUUUUUCACCGCGACAGAUGAUGAAUGUGUCCGGAAGAAGUUAAAAUCCUCCUUAAGGUGGAGUACACUUGGGUACCAUCAUGAUUGGGAUAAUAAAAUCUACACAGAGGAGGAAAAACAUCCUUUUCCGGAAGAUUUAUUCAGUCUAACCGGGAUUUUGGGGGAAAUUCUCAAUUUUCCGGAUUAUCGAGCACAGGCUGCUAUUGUGAAUUUUUACCCACAAGGCAGUACUCUUGCUGGACACACUGACCAUUCGGAAAUUGACUUGGAGGCUCCCCUUUUCUCUAUUAGCUUUGGUCAGGAUGCCAUUUUUCUCAUUGGAGGAACAAGCAAGGACGAUCCAGCAACUGCAUUGAGAUUACACAGUGGAGACAUUGUGGUAAUGUCAAGAGAGAGUCGUUUGUGCUACCAUGCAGUACCGAAAAUAUUAUCAGAUAGUCAGGAAAUCUGGAACGCCGAAUAUUUUCCGGAAAUUACAUUGGCGGCAGAAAUGGAUGGCGAUCUUUGGGAAAAAUGCUCAAGGAAGAGUUUCUGGAGCCCAUUUAAUGAAUAUUUGAGGGAUUGUCGCAUAAAUUUGAACAUCCGGCAGGUUUUAUCCGGCAAUGCGACGACGCUUUGAUGUGGGCAAGAGGCAAAAACGCGUUGGGCACCCGCUGAGAAGCACAGCUGGGGCGUCACGUGCCAAAGUAAUCCGUCAGAAGGUGACAGUGAGGAAUUUCCAGAAGGCACUCACUCACUUUUGAUUUUUUUUUUACACUCAGAGCCUCUGAAUUAGUGGCCCUAGGCUGCAAUGUGGGCCGCGAAAGACCUCUGCCCUAGUUUUAAGAGAAUUUUAUUGUUGAAGUUCCUUUGAACUGUCUCCAAAUUGUACAUAAUGUUAAAUUUUCAAGUAAUAAAUUGUACAUAAAUUUAUUUUUAAAUAAACUUCUAAAAUUUUUAA